AUGGGUGACAUCAAAUCAGAAAAGGCCCCGAGCUUGGAGCUGCCAUCAUCCUCCAAGACGGUUCGCGUCCAGGUUAUUGACACCACAACACGCAUGUCCUGCAACGCCAACGCGUUCGUGCAGCCACAAAUCAAGAACCAUGAGAGGCUCAGUUUUAAGACAUUGUGUUUCUUAUUGGAGCACGACGGGGAGUAUAUCCUCUUUGAUUGCGGUUCUCGCAAGGACUUUUGGAAUUCAUCGCCGCAAACAUCAAAGAUGAUUGGUAGCCACGUCCCCGGCCUUGAGAUUAAGUCUGGGGUCGACGAGAUUCUUAUCAACCAGGGUUUCGAUUUGAACAACCUUAAGGCUAUUGUCUGGAGUCAUUGGCACUGGGACCAUAUCGGCGAUGGUUCCAAAUUCCUAGCAUCAACGGAUAUUGUUGUUGGGCCUGGCUUCACUCAAAACUUUGUACCUGGGUGGCCAGAGAACCCCGAGAGUCCUGUGCUAGCAAGAGACCUGGGAGGCCAUCGGAUUCAUGAGCCAGAUUUCGCAAUGAAUGUAGCUGGGUUCCCAGCUUUUGAUUAUUUUGGUGACGGCUCUUUUUACCUCCUUGACGUCCCAGGUCACGCAAUAGGGCAUAUUUGCGGUCUGUCGCGUACCACCCCAAACACAUUUGUCUUUAUGGGGGGCGAUUGCUGCCACUACGCUGGCGCAUUACGCCCGACGAGAUAUGUACCCUUACCACAACAGGUUUCUACAGAGGUUCUGGAUGAAUAUUACCCAUCUCCUUGCCCCUGUUCAGUCUUUACGCAGCACCACCCAAAGGCUACAGGCAUGGAUGCACGUAUUCAACCAUUUUAUGACGUCUCUCGCGCUCCUGGAAGUGCCUAUAGCCUCCCCGAUCUCGCGCAGAAGAGUAUAAAUAGUCUUCAGGUUCUAGACGCACAGCCCAACAUCUUUAUUUGUCUGGCACACGAUGAAGUACUAUUUCAAGUUCUGCCUCUAUUUAACGACAAUAAAAUGGAGGACAUAAAUGACUGGCAGAAGCGGGGACUCAAAGAGUAUUGUCGAUGGGGAUUCCUCAAUGACCUGCCCAAGGGUGGGGAACCUGGCCGCAAACCCCUGGUUGUUGGGCAAUGGAGGGAUGGGAGGCAGAUAAUGUGGAAGGGCGAGGAGAAGGGUUUUGUCAAUAUUAUAGAUGAGGUCAAAACCUGA